UUAACGGACCACAGCAGCACCCAGCAGCAGCUAGCAGACCCCAAAAUGACCGGAUGAGAGAGAGAGAGAGAGAGGGUAGACGAAGCACAGAGGGGAGACAUUGCAGUCGUCAAUCGCAACCGUCCAUCGAUGAGGAUCCAACUCACCCGAAAGCGGAAUCUGCCUCCUCCACUUUCAUCGCCACCGCCACCAUACUCCGACUCACCACCACUGCACCACCUCCACAGUCCCCAGUCCCACCACCUUCAACCAAGCGAUUCUCCAAAUCAAACUCCGGCCAAGGAUCGACAGCCGUCCGAUCCUACUGUUGUGGCGGUCAGCGGAACCGACGGCGUAGAUUUUUCCUCAGACGAGAUGAACAACGGUACCCGCUGCAGGCUUAGCGGUUCUAAUCAGGACUCAUCGCUCAGCCACGGAGAAGAAGAAGUCGAUGCCGAGGAAAAGCUUACCGUUGUAACUAAUCCAAGACUGGGUUACAGCUACGACGCAGAGACUUCAGCUGGUAUCUCUCCCUGUCCGUCUCCAUCGCAUGAAGGACACUGGUGUGAAGAAGAUAAGUUGUUUCCCUUGAAGAAGAGAAGGGCGAGUUUUACGAGUAAAGUAAGAGCAAGAAUGGCAGCAGACAGAGAACAAAAGGAGAGCGUUAGAGAGCCAACAAGAAACACAGAGAAGACAUUGGUGAAACAUUACGAUGACCCUGAAAACGAGGAAGAACAAGAGAAGAAUGAAGCAAAGAAGAAACAGAGUGGAGAAGGUGGAGGUAAGAUCCAGGUGGCUAAUUCGCGUUGCAGUCGAACCAGUGGAAGGGGCUGGAGGUGUAACCGGCCUGCUAUUCUAGGUCACGUUAGGUGUGAAUAUCACUUGAAUCGAGCAAGGUAUGCUAAACACAGAAAUCGGCAAACUAGACAGAAAAACAACAUCAGCUUGUAUGAGGAGGAGGAGGAUAACGGCAAGGGGUUUGAUAAGAGAGGGGUUGUGAAGGCCAGGUCGAUUAGCUGUUUGUUGGGCCAAACUGCCCGCAUAUGAACGGUAAUGC